AUGGGCUCUUCUCCUUCUCUUAUUGAUGAAUUCAAAGUCUGCAUGAAAAAGAAGUUUGAGAUGUCAGAUUUGGGUGUGUUGCAUUAUUUUCUUGGGUUAGAGGUUAAGCAAGUUGAAGAUGGUAUUUUUGUGUCACAAAGGAAAUAUGCAACUGAUUUACUUAAAAGAUUCAGCAUGUUAAACUGCAAAGUUGCAACCACUCCUAUGAACUUAAAUGAUAAGUUACAAGUUGAUGAUGGGACUGAACAAGGCAAUGCAAGUCACUUUAGAAGCUUGGUUGGUGGCUUGAUUUACUUAACACACUCACGGCCAGACAUUGCAUUUUCAGUUGGUGUAAUUUCCAGGUUCAUGCAUAAUCCUUCAAAGCAUCAUCUUGGAGCAGCAAAAAGAAUUCUACGUUAUGUAGCUGGAACCAUUGAUUAUGGGCUGUGGUAUGAAAAAGUAUCAUUUUUCAAGUUAAGUGGGUUCACUGACAGCGAUUGGGCUGGAUGCUUGGAAGAUAGAAGGAGCACUUUGAUGUGUCCCUACCGCAAGUGCACGGGCGAUGAUCUUUCUCCUUAUGCAGAUCUGCAUAGCUUAUGCGCAAGUUAUGCAGUUUGGACAAAGCAUAUUUCAGCUUGA